AUGUCUUCAAGACCGCCGAUUCACGGAGCUGCGACCACAGCCAGCUUGGUCUCUGCCACGCUGGGCAGAGAAUCUAGCAGCAGCAACAAGGCGCAGCACGAUGCGGCUGCCUCAACCUCGACGGCGUCAGCGGCCAAUCCACCCAGAGGCAAGCGGAUAGUCAUCAAGCUAGGAACAUCCUCCAUCCUCUCGUCCCUCACCAAUCAGCCCAAGCUCUCCGUCCUCUCCUCCAUCGUGGAAACAUGCGCGGCGUUACGCAAAGACGGACAUUCGGUCGUCAUCGUCUGUUCGGGAGCCAUCGGAAUGGGAAGAUUGAGAAUGGGGUUGAACGAGAAGCCAAAGAGCGUAGGGGAGAGGCAGGCGCUUGCCGCGCUAGGUCAGGUUAGGCUCAUUGCGCUUUGGGACAGCCUGUUUGCGCAAGUCGGCAUCAGCGUUGCGCAGGUUCUGCUCACCAGGAACGAUCUCGGCGAUGUGAGUGUCGGUGCUCGUGUCUCGCGAUGCUAAGCCGGCUCUCGCUCACACGCGCUUUUGCGCGCACUCUUGCGCAUCCCCCUAUUCCCCCCUUCGUGCAGCGCCCUCGCUUCGAGAAUGCCAAGACGACGCUUUCUACGCUGCUCUCUUUGCCCUUCUCCUCCAUCCCCAUCAUCAAUGAGAACGAUACCGUCUCAGUGUCGGAACUCAGAUUUGGCGACAAUGACACUCUCAGCGCUAUCGCCGCUGGCAUCGUGGAUGCCGACUACCUCUUUCUCUGCACAGACGUAGACGGGCUGUACACUGGCAAUCCGAACUCCAACCCCAAUGCGAGGAGGCUGGGAGUGGUGCGGAACGUGGCUUUGGCACGAAAGGCCGGUGCGUAUCUGAGCGCGUUGCAGAUGGCAAGACCUGAACAAGCGUGCAGACUGAUGCCAUCGAGUCACCUCGGAUUUCCCCUUCUUCCUCAGUGAGCGUCGACACACCAGGCUCAAAUUUUGGCACUGGCGGAAUGCAGACGAAGCUCAUUGCUGCCGAGCUCGCAACAGCGGCCGGCGUAGCCACAGUGAUCCUCAAUGGCAACCAGCCAACAAAUAUCUUGUCCGUCGUUGCUCGUGGUCUACCUGCUCUUGACGCAGAUCAGCGUUUGCCAAACAGCGACCAGGGCAUGGUCUCGUCCAUCUCUUCGUUGCUGGAUGCGGAAGAGCUCUCCAAGGUCGGCUACCCGCCUAUCCUCGACCCACCGCACACACUCUUUCUGCCCACCUCUGAGCCUUUGGCGCAGCGCAAGUGGUCGUUGUUGCACGCGCUGCAUCCAGCGGGCACACUCGUCAUCGAUGAAGGAGCUUUCGCGAGGAUAUCCAAGCCGGAGAGUGGAGGCAGAUUGCUGCCAGCUGGAGUGGUAGGAGUGGAAGGCACUUGGGAACGCAUGCAAGCUGUAAGGAUCGUCUUGCGUCGACAUCGCAUCGCUUCGAGCGCAGAAGCGACGGGCACCAACGUCGAGCGUGAUGCGCUGCACCAUUCGCAAGCGAUUCAGGAAUCCAUGUCCGCUGCGGCGUUGGCUCGACGGGGCUUGACGACCUUCAUCAAGAGCUCCGAUGGUAGCGGUGCUACUACUCCGAUUCAUCUCGCAGGCGAGGAUCAACACGCUCACCUGGCUGAGCCUGUUCUCACUAGAGACGCGCCCUCCGAACUGGACUGGGAACUGAUCGAAGUCGGCAGAGGCCUGGCGAAUUACAGCUCCAUCGAGUCGGAAAGGAUAAAGGGUAUCAAAAGGUGAGCCUGGCACGGGUCCACGUCCGGUGACAAGGCUUGCGCGAACGCGCGCUGAUGCCUGAUGAGAACACACACACACACAGCUCGCAAAUAUCAACCGUGCUCGGCUACGCAGACAGCAGUUACGUGAGUUCUGAAAAGGCACGUCCGUCGACCCCAACAUUGCCAAGAGGCUCACCGCCGAUUGAACUUCCAACCCAGAUCGUCGAUCAGCUCGCGCUGAUGCCUACCGAAGGAGCUCCGUCUGCACAUAGGUCGGCUACAAAAGGUCGCGGUUGA